UUCAUAUUAUUUCUAUUAGUUCUUUUGUCUAAUUUAUACUUGUGCGAAACUUUAAGCAUGUAUCGUACUUAGUUAAACACGUGUUUUGCUUAAAAUAAAUUCUAAUAAUUUAUUUAAUUAAGAAUUAAAUAAAGCUCGUUCAAUAAAAUAAUUAAUAUAAUCAUAGAUUACAUUAUAAAAUAAAAAAGUAUGGCUUAUUUUCAAUCUAAUGUUGACAAAACAGAAGAUGAUAUAACAAACUCUGAAGAAUACAGACUUUAUGUAACUAAUUUACCUGUAGAAUUGGACGAGGAUGGCAUUAAACAAAUUUUUGAUCAUUAUGGUGAAGUUAAUAGUAUUUUUUGUCUUCCGAAUGUAUCAUGGGCUUAUAUUACAUAUAAAACAUUUUGUGAGGCUGAACGUGCUAUAAGAAAUCUUCACGAUAUACCACCGUUAAGUUUAAAAGUAAAAUUAAGUAAUAAAAUGAAAUCUGUUGAUCAAAACGAGAAGAUAACGUAUAAUCCAAAAUCUUCAGAAACUUGUACAAAUUCAGUAUUAGAUCAUCAACCUCGUGAAGUAGUAAAUAAAGAAACUAUGGAAUUACCAAACUAUAGUAAUAUACUUCAUAAAUACAAUCAACUAUCAAUAAUAUCUAAUGAUAAACAUGAUACAGCUUAUGGUUUGUUAUAUCAACCAGUACAUAUGGAUAAUUAUUUAUUUGAUCCAUAUGAAAGUACAAAAUGUUUAGAUUAUAAAAAUACAUUAUGGACAAGGGGCAAAGUAACUGUAACACGUGAUGGAAAAAGACAUGUUUCUCUUGGACGUGGUUAUAGUUUGUAUGAAACAUCUGAACCACAUUCUUUGAACAAAUCACGGACUAUACAAAAUUCUGAAAAUCUUAGUAAUAAUUCUUAUGAAUAUGGUCAAGAUAAUUUAAAAGAAAAGCUUGAAAUAUGCGUAUGUUGUAACAAAAUAACAGCUGUGAAAUGUGGAAAAUGUUGUUCUUUUUAUUGUAGCAAAGAAUGUCAAAUGGUUGAUUGGCCAAAUCAUAAAAUUAAAUGUCAACAAAUUCCUGUACUGACAGAAGAUAAUAAAUCUUUAUCGACAUCAAGUAAUGAAAAUCAAAUGGAAAUAACAAGUUUACAUCAAGCUCAGAAAAAAUUACGUCGACCAAAAGUACAAUCUUCAAGUAAUCCAAAUCUACAGAGCAUAAAUAACAAAUGUAUGGAAGAUAAAAAACCAGAAUCUUUAAAAAUACUAAAUGACAAUAAUUCUCAAAUUAAUGUCACACACAAGAAUGAUAAUAUCAAAAAUAAAGAACAUAAAUUGGAUGUAACUGAGAAAGAAAUUCAAAAUAAGUAUACAAAUCAAAAUGAUAUUAAAAUGAAAAAAAAAGAACAAAAAAAUGAUUUUAAAAUGAAAUCUCAAGAACAGCAGAAAGCAUAUUUUAAAAAUACAUUCUUAUCAACCUCAAAAACUACGCAUGUUAUUAUUUUAGAAUUUACACAAGGAAAAGAUUUUUGGGUACGUAAAUUGGAUCAAGAAAGUAUAUAUCAAAAGAUGGUGAUUGAUAUACAAAAUAUAAUUCAAAAAAGUCCGAAAAUUAAUCCAGUUAUUGGUAUUAUGUGUGGUUACAAAUAUAAUAAUAUGUGGCACAGGGCAAAGAUAAUGUCUUUAAAUCCAACAACCGUAUUUUUGAUUGAUCUUGGUAUUACUGAGACAGCUAAAGUAAAUGAAUUUCGUGACAUAAGCGAAUUUAAGACUAUGAUACCAUUUGCAGGAAAAUUAUGUUUACAUAAACAUGCAUCAGUAAAGAAUGGAAGUUUAAAAAAAUAUCAAAUUAUAGCUGUAAAAGUUAUUUCUUGGAAUGAGAAUGUCAUUUUUGUAGACGUUAUUAAUGAAAAUAAUAACAAAAGCUCAACAAAAUCUUCAAAACCUGAAACGCAAUUAAAAUUUACAAAUGUUACAAGCUCUACCAAUAAUAAUAAUAAUAAUAAUAAUAAUAAUAAUUGCAAAAUUAUUCCUAAUCCGUCUAUGAAUACUAAUAAUCAAACAAAAAAGAGUAAUGAUAAGAAAAAUAAUUAUUCUCCAAAUGGCAUGAACACAUAUGAAAAUAAUAAAAACGAGAAUAAAGUAAUACAACGUCACUUACCAAAUGUUAUCAACUUAUUAUCAAAAAAUGCAAGUGGAUUUUUAAAAGUUAAUAUUUUACUUAGUAACAAUAUUUAUGGGAUUACCCUUAGACCGAAUGAUUUGAUUCAAGAAUUCCAAGAAAUUAUAACAAAAUUACCUGAAAAAUGUAACUCUAUGAAAUUAAACUACGAAUAUAAGCCAAAUAUUGGAGAUUUAGCAUGUGGCCAAGGAGGAGAGAUCAGUGAUUGGCAUAGAGGCUAUGUGCUAACUUUAACUCCAAAAAUACAGUUUGCUGCAAUAGAUAAAACUAAAGUAAUAACAGUUCAAAAAAUUGUGCCAUAUCCUAAUGAAUUUCUUAAUGUAUGCACAUUCGGUAUGAUCUGCGAAAUAAAUGCAAAUGAUGAUACUAUAUUAAUAACAAAUAAUUAUUACGAAUAUAAAGUAAUAAAUAAUGAGAAUGAAAUUAAUAUUGAAAUUAAAUUGAACGAAAUAGAUACGAUAAGAGGUAUUUUAAAAGUAUGGGAACCAAAAUUAAAACCAAGUGAUAUUCAGUGCGUUCAAUUGAAAAAUGAAUCCCAGGUUUGCAUCACUUUCUAUUUAAAUCAUUAUACCAUGUUUGUACGUUCUUUGAAAACAGAAGAUUCCGAAGAAUUUAAUAAACUUAUGCAAGAAGUUGCAAAAUGUGGUCUAUCUGCUGCAUAUCUUGAAAAACCUCCAGUUGUGGGAGAUACAGUAAUAUCACAAUACAUUGAUAAUAAUUUUUAUCGUUCAAUAGUUGCAAGAAUACAGGGAGAAGAUGCAAUCGUUACUUAUAUAGAUUUUGGAAAUUCUGAACAAACGCAGUGGAAAAAUUUACGAGUAUUACCUGACGAUUUAAAGAAGCAUCAAUCAUGUGUUACAAAAGUUCUUUUAAAAGAUGUAUCAACCGAUAUUGCUAUGACCAAAGAAGUAUCAAAUUAUCUAAGUGAUUUAGUUGGUAAAGAAGUAGGUUUAACAUGUAAAUUUAAUGGUAUACCACAUAUAGAUGGUGUACAUUUAAUUAUGCCAAAUGGUGAAAGUAUUAAUGACAAUAUUAAACAAUUGCUUGUACCAAAUUGGAAAAUAGAAGAAGAUAAAACGGUUUACACGGUUACUGAUAUAGAUGCACUUCCUUUGGGAAAUAUUGGUGAUACUGUCAAAGUUGUCAUUUUGCAUGUAAUCGAAGAGAAUUCGGAAUAUUUCAUGUGUAAUUUAGAUCUUGAAUUGAUUACACAUGUUCAUGAAAUUUUGCCACAAUUGAUGAAAGAAUACUGCGAAAGUACAGAAUAUUAUAUUCCUCGAUUACAUGAAUUAUGUUUAGCCUUAUUCCAAGAUAAUUGGUAUCGUGCAUUAUGUUUAUCUGUAGACGAAUCAAAAGAUACAGUUACUUUAUUUUAUAUUGAUUAUGGAAACUGUGAAGAAGUUCUAUACGAAAAUGUUAGGCCAAUGACAAGUGACUUUUUAAAACCUUGUUAUCUUGCAAACAUGUGCAAUAUUGUUAAUUUACUUCCAGAAGAAAAUAUUGAAUUGUGUUCUCCUAAAUUAUUAAAAAGGAUCUCAGAAUUGGUUAAAGCUGAUGAAAUUUAUGAAGCUAAGAUCAUUGAUUUGGAUGAUAGUGGAAAUUAUAAGAUUGAACUUCCAGAUGUUCGUCGUCAAUUAAUUGAAGAAAACUUAAUACCACCUUCUUAAAAAUUAUAUCAUUAGAUUUAUGUUAUUAUUAAGUAUAACAAUUCCAGUAUCUUAAUAUUCAAAUCAAUGUAUGAAAAUCUUUAUUUUUCUUUUUUUUUCUUAUCAAAAAAUUCAACAGUUAUCCGAAAGAUGGAUCAAAGAUAUCUGAUUACUUUAUAAGUAGAUAUUAAAUU